GGACGUGGUGUAGAGCAAGCCCGGUGAUUUUAUCGCCGGUCUUAGCGAGGACGACAGGGCGGCGGGUGCAGGCGGUCCGCGCGUGAAGCAUCGGCUGCGGGGAUCGUGACACAGCCCAGCCGGCUUCGCUGCCUCGGCCGGAGUAAUCCAUCACCAUGUCGAACGUGGCAGUCGGACCGGUUUACGACACCAUAAUCUCCGAGGUUAUCAAUGCGGUGCGCGUCGACUUCGAGGAGAAUGGCGUUGAGGAAGGCGUGUUGGAGGACCUAAAAAAGAGCUGGCAAGCCAAACUCUCGCAGAUGAAGGUGGCUCAGUUCCCAUGGGAACCCAAGCAAGAGCCGCAACCUGCGGCUGCGCCAGCCAACAAUGGACCGGCAACAACUGCCGCUCCGAGCGCGGCCCCUGCUACUGCCAACCACACACAGCCUACGAUGAGUCCUCAAGGUGCUGCGCAGACUCUCUCGCUCCCGGGAGCAAUGCUCGCCAACCACAACAACAACAACCACAACAACGGCGUGGCACUGAAGCAAGACCCGGGUCUCGUUGACACCGAGCCAGUCAUCAAGCAGGAACCGGGCACCGGCAUGCCGCCCGUGCACCCUGCAUACAACCCAGCCAGUGCCACCCCCACCGCCGCGCAGCGUGCGGCCCUGGCCCUACAGAGUCAGUACGGUCAACGAGCUGCUGCGUCGAUCAAUGCGAUCCAGAGUGUCAUGGUCCCUCAGACGAACGGCAAUGCCCAGGCGCAGCAGGGGACUCGUCAGGGGCAGGCACCACAGCACAUGAGCCCUCAGCAGCAGUAUCGACAGGGAGUUGCAGCCGUUGUGCAGCAACGUAUGCAGCAGGUCUCACAAGCGGGCGCAACGAACUCUCUUCCCAACGCUCAGUAUGAUGGAUCAAACGAUGCUGCCGAAGGCGCAUCGCUUCCGCAAGGCUGUGGCUCUGGUCAGCCACCUAUUAUGGACCGUGAGAGAAUUGACCAGCACUUCCAUGCGCAGCUCGCGGCGCGCGCGAAGCAGAUGGAAGGUGGUGGCCUGAUGGUACCCCUUAACGAUGCUGCCAAGCAACCCAGCCUUGUUGCCCCACGACAAGGCGAUGGUCCUGCCCAGUUGGAUGGCGGUGACGAUGAUAUCAAGAGUGAGGAGGAUGAGGACGCCAUCAAUUCGGACCUCGAUGACACGGACGAGGACAAGGAUGAUGAUGAUGAUGAUGACGAGACUAUGGGCCAUAUGAUGCUCUGCAUGUACGACAAGGUGCAGCGUGUCAAAAACAAAUGGAAGUGCAUUCUGAAGGACGGAGUGCUCACCGUCAAUGGCAAGGAAUACGUCUUCCACAAAGCCACCGGCGAGUAUGAGUGGUAAACUCGCCCUUAGCGGUCUUAAGGUUUCCAUGUUUGCACCCCCCGACCUUUCAAAUCGCCAAUGAUGCCACCAUACCGGAGCAAGCUUCGUGGCUGGGCUCUGUGCAUAGAC